AUGGAGUGUGAAUUAUGCGUUAUUAGAACGGCGAAGGAAGGUGCAGUGAUAGCGACAGCCCACAACAUCACGUACCUGGAGGUGCCGCAAUAUGGAGAUCCCCGACGUGAUGCAUACCUCGCGUGUCACUACGUGAAAGAGCAGGGGGACCCAGAUCUUCACUCCGUCAAGUGGUAUCGGGAUAACAACGAGAUUUUCCGAUAUACACCAGGACAACAGCCUUCAACAAGAACGUUCAACACAACGGCUGGAGGCGUGACCAGGGGUAUAUGCGAUGAAAACAAAUGUUCGAUCAACGUGGUACUACCCAAGCGCUUCAAUACCAGAAUCUCAUUCACUUGCGAGGUCUCUACAGAGGGUCCCCGGUUCGCCGUUGUCAAUCAAACUAAAUAUCUAACUGUAGCCGUGACGCUGAAAGAAGACCCAGUGGUCUCCGGAUUACCAGGCAGUGUGCAAAUCGGAGAAGAUGUUUUGCUCAACUGUUCGACUGGCCCAGCGAUGCCUCCAGCUAACAUCAUGUGGUACAUCGACGGUAGACCGGAAAAGGUUAGAUGCCUUAAUGUUCCACGGCCCGAGGCUAUACGUCCCGUCCUCGACAUGAUGAAAAAGGGUGGGGCGAUUACAUUUAGGCUUGCGCAGAUAUUGUCGGGGCAUGGCUGCUUCGGACCACAACCUGCAAAGGUCCUAAACGGGAGUCUUCUCACGGCAACGUACGACCUUAUUCAGGUCAUAGGUCUCACACAUGCUCGUGUAGAUUACGCCUGGAAUGCGGUAGCCACCUUCUGCGAGCUGAUUGAACAAUGGAUGAAUGAUCACACCGAAGUAUCGACAGCCGAUGACUUCGGACUACGAUCCAGCUGGAGGCCGCUUCGGUUCCGAGUGACGACAGUCAGAGGAGCAAUUGGCCUAACAUGCGAGGCAACACAACCAACUAGGCCUUCUUUCACGAGAUCUACAAAUGUUACGCUCGGUGUGGCCCGUUCACCACAUCUAUCUAUGUUCACUGCAUCAGUUGGGGAAAAGGGUCUGUGUCUAAAAGGAAAAACCCGGUCUCUAAUGCAAAUACCAGGCGCACAUAAAAUAGUGGAUACGAACCGGAACGGAUUAUAA